UUUGAGAACUGGCGGGACUUCUUCACUGGAUAGGAGAGAGGCGGGUUGUUUACAAGCCUCGGAGUUUGUUUAAACACACAGAAAAUGAUGGCAACAAACGGAAAAGACGCGUGUGGGGUCAAUGAAGAGGCGCACACAGCUGCGGUAAACGGAGAUUGUGCAGAGGCGUCGCCGCAGUUGAAGCGGCCGCAGAGGUUCACCUUCAGCUCCGAGCCCUCCAUCGAGGAUAUUAGGCGCAUGCAGGCCGAUUUUACGGACGAGCGAGACUGGAACCAGUUUCACCAGCCCCGCAACCUUCUGCUGGCCAUGGUCGGGGAGGUGGGCGAGGUGGCAGAGCUCUUCCAGUGGAAGGGAGAGGUAGCCGAGGGCCUGCCGGACUGGACCGAGACCGAGCGGGAGCAGCUGGCGCACGAGCUCAGCGACGUGUUGAUCUACCUCGUGGAGCUGGCCGAGAAGUGUCGCGUGGAUCUCCCACAAGCGGUGCUCCGUAAAAUGGCUCUAAACCGUCUGAAAUACCCCGCCAGCAAAGUGCAGGGGUCAGCCAAGAAGUACACGGAGUAUAAAGACUGAUGGACGAGGGGGAGAGCACUGGUGGAGUGUGUUUGCUGGACCUGCUGCUGUUUAAUAAAGACCCACAAACGCUGCACAAUCACAGCUCGGUUUAAAUGACAUUUUCUGGGUUUACAUGUUAGGAAACCACGAAAACCUUCAACUGUUGUGUUAUCUGGGAGUUAUCCGAACUCAAGGAAUAUGUUGGCUUUUACUGAAGUUCACUUUUAAGUCCUGAGUUUUAGUCUGACCUUAGCUGUGCCUCUGUUAGUUUAAGGUGGGACUGUUGCGCAUCGCCUUUCGGGGGUUUAUUUGUCACUAAACAUUUUAAGUUAUUUAGAUUGGCUCCAGUGUCAGCACGGAGUGGAGUGUUGAUCAGUGCCAAACUGGCAGUCUCGUCUCUUUUUUUCCAUCCAAAUGUAUCAGCAUAUUUUUCAAAUUUGGAUGUUUUUAUCAUUUUGUCAUAAGUAAAAGUUGAGUCCGAGUCAUGUUUUCACUCAGCAGUUUUGUGUUUUAAAGGAUGAAACUGGAUUAGUAAUCUGUUAACCAGCCUGCAGUUGAUUAAGCAGUCUUGUACCUUAAUCGAUGUUUUGAUUUCAGUCACAUGUCAGGUCAUCUUGCUGUCCACUUUAUUUGCUGAUUCAAUAAUGUCUUAUUAUUCAUGAAAAGACAAGUUACGUCCAUAAAUCAGGACAUUUGUAUUUGGGCUGUAAUAAAGAGCAGUUACAAUCCA